CAAAAAUUCCCCCCUCUUUCCAAUUCCAACAAAACUAUCUGAAAAUGCUUUGGAUAUUUGGGCUCCCCUGCAACUCCCUGCCUUAUCAUCAUCGUCAUCACCAUCUGUUGUUACAAGUGACCCAAUCUCCAGUAUCUUCACCUGCCAUUCAUUUUUCUCUGUUCUGGGUAAAGGGUUUUCUCGCAUGUCCAGGUUCAAUUGGGAAAAGCGAAAUAAUCACUGACGUUGGAAAGGGAUCUUAAGGUGUUCUGUAAAAGGGCUAAGCCAAUUUUUCUUAAAUGGGGUGAGUUUUUAGGGCACCCUCAAAAAAUUCAUUGCUUAUGUACAAAAAUUUUACCUAGCUCUGCAUGUGUUUGUGGGAAAGUGGAUGAAAUUCUCCAUUUGGGAUGACUGAAAUUUGUGGAAGGAGGAUAAUAUAUGCCUCCGGCAUUCCACGGUGGUUGUUUGUGAUUGUGUUAUUGUGCUGUUGGCGGCUUACGUGUAGUCAACCCGAAGAUAAUGAUAAUGGCGGACGGGCAGGGCAUUCUGCAGCCACAUCACUUGUUACAUCUCUCAUUUACAGCCAAAUUUCCAAUCUUACGAAGAUAUUUCACAAUGAUAUCAGUCGAACUUUAGGAUAUUGCAUCAAGGAUGCGGAUGUAGAUUUGGAUGGGGCCUUUAAAUUUACCAAUUUGGAUUUUUUGAAUAACUGUGUGAAACAGACAAAAGAUGUGACCCAGAGAUUAUGUACAGCUGCAGAAAUGAAAUUUUACUUCUCCAGCUUCAUGGAGAGCAAGUCAGAUAUUGCUCAAUUCUUGAAGCCCAAUCAAAAUUGUAAUUUGACCUCCUGGGUUUCAGGAUGUGAGCCAGGAUGGGCUUGUAGUGGUUCUUCCAAUGUAAAAAUUGAUAUGAAGAAUGCCAAGGACGUUCCUGACCGGACACGUGAUUGUCAGCCCUGUUGUGCGGGCUUUUUCUGCCCUCGAGGUCUUACAUGCAUGAUACCUUGUCCUUUAGGCUCGUACUGCCCGCAGGCAACACUCAACAAAGCUACCGGUGUAUGUGAUCCAUAUCGGUAUCAGAUACCUGCUGGCAACCCAAACCACACUUGUGGCGGAGCUGAUAUGUGGGCUGGUGUAACAAGCAGUGAGGAGAUGUUUUGCUCUGCAGGAUCUUUCUGUCCAACUACCACCAAGCAGAUUCGUUGCUCUGGGGGGCAUUACUGUAGGCAGGGAUCGACAUUUGAAAAAGCAUGCUUCAAGUUGAGUACAUGCAAUCCAAAUACAGAUACGCAAAACCUCCAUGCAUACGGCAUUAUGCUGAUUGGUAUUUUAAGUUUUAUACUCUUCAUUUUCUACAAUUUUUCGGACCAAAUCAUCACAACUCGAUAUAGAAGACAAGCGAAAUCCAGGGAAGCUGCUGCAAGAAGUGCCCGAGAAACAGCACAAGCCCGAGAAAGGUGGAAGUCUGCGAAAGAUGUCGCCAAAAAACGGGCCACGGGAUUACAGCAACAGUUGUCUCGCACAUUUUCAAGGAAAACAAGCAAGGCAGAACAAAUUUUACCACCCAAAGCUCCAGCUACCUCUGGUGGAUCCAAGGCAAAGAAAAAGGAUAACAACCUCAACAAGAUGUUACAAAACAUUGAGAAUGAUCCCGAAAAUCCUGAAGGUUUUGACGUGGCAAUAGGAGAUAAAAACAUUAAGAAGCAAAAGCUUAAGCCUAAACAACUGCAAACUCGCAGCCAGAUAUUUAGAUAUGCAUAUGGGCAACUUGAGAAAGAGAAAGCUACUGAACAGAAAAACCAGAACAUGACUUUCUCAGGAAUUAUUUCAAUGGCCACAGAUGAGGAUAUUAGAACUAGGCCCACAAUUGAAGUAGCUUUCAAGGAUUUAACACUUACUUUGAACGGAAAAAACAAACAUUUGAUGAGGUCUGUUACUGGGAAACUCUUUCCUGGCCGAAUUUCAGCUGUUAUGGGACCAUCAGGGGCUGGAAAGACAACAUUCCUUUCAGCUGUGUUAGGAAAGGCAACUGGAUGCACUAUGUCGGGGUCAAUUCUUAUAAAUGGAAGGCAUGAUUCCAUUCAGUCCUACAAGAAAAUUAUUGGUUUUGUGCCUCAAGAUGACAUUGUUCAUGGAAAUUUAACAGUAGAAGAGAACCUACGGUUCAGUGCACGAUGCAGGCUGCCUGCAGAGAUGCCGAAACCUGAUAAGGUUCUUGUGGUAGAAAGAGUAAUUGACUCCUUGGGGCUGCAGGGAAUAAGGGAUUCACUGGUUGGAACAGUUGAGAAGCGGGGAAUUUCAGGAGGUCAGAGGAAAAGAGUGAAUGUUGGACUGGAAUUAGUCAUGGAACCUUCCUUGUUAAUUUUGGAUGAGCCUACAUCGGGUUUAGAUAGUUCUUCUUCCAAUUUACUUCUUAGAGCUCUGCGGCGUGAAGCUCUUGAAGGUGUAAAUAUUUCCAUGGUUGUUCACCAACCCAGUUAUACGUUGUACAGGAUGUUUGAUGACUUGAUACUUCUAGCCAAAGGUGGUCUUAUUGUGUAUCAAGGUCCGGUGAAGAAAGUGGAAGAGUACUUUGUGGACAUGGGAAUCAGUGUCCCAGAACGUGUUAAUCCUCCAGAUCACCUGAUUGACAUACUUGAGGGUAUAGUAAAACCCGGUGGAGGUGUGACUGUUCAACAGCUGCCAGUUAGAUGGAUGCUUCAUAACAAUUACCCAGUACCCCAUGAUAUGAUGCAAUAUUUGGAUCAAAUUGCUUCAUCCUCGAAGGCUGCAACUUCUAGUGGAGCUCCGGCUGAAGAUGCAUUUCAGGAAAAACAAGAUAGUAUGCCGCGUUCUUUUGCACUAUCCAGUGACUUAUCUAAUCGAGUCACUCCAGGUGUAGAACGGCAAUUCAGAUAUUAUCUUGGAAGGGUUGGAAAGCAGCGAUUGCGAGAAGCUAAGAUACAAGCAAUGGAUUAUCUAAUCCUUUUGCUUGCUGGAGCUAGCUUGGGAACUCUUUCAAAAGUGAAGGGCGACACAUUUGGUUACCGCGGUUAUAUGUAUACGGUCAUUGCUGUUUCUCUCCUUGGCAAGAUCGCAGCUUUGCGAUCAUUUUCACUGGAUAAAUUGGAAUACAUGAGGGAGAAUGGUAGUGGCAUGAGCAGCUUAGCUUACUUUCUUUCGAAGGAUACUAUUGACCAUUUCAAUACACUUAUCAAGCCUCUGGUGUUUCUUUCAAUGUUCUAUUUCUUCAACAAUCCUAGAUCAACCUUCUUGGACAAUUAUAUAGUCUUGGUUUGCCUCGUCUACUGUGUGACUGGCAUGGCCUAUGUAUUCGCCAUCUUUUUCGAUCCUGGUCCAGCACAGUUGUGGUGUGUCCUACUUCCUGUUGUUCUCACGCUUGUUGCAAACCAGGAUCAAGAAGAUAAAAUUGGAAGCCUUCUAGCAAACUAUUGUUAUCCGAAAUGGGCUAUGGAGGCCUUCGUGAUAGCUAAUGCUCAAAGGUAGGCACUCACAUUCAUUUCCUCAUAUAAUUACUGAUGGCUAGGUAAUGCUCGAA